GGGUUCCCCAGAUCCAAAGUCUCCUGAAAUCUCUUCAAAUUCAGACUUCGAUUAUUCCAACAUUAGUCGACACGCGUCGUACAAAAUCUGCCUAAUCCUCACUUCAUUCUGAGACUUCGCGUCUGAAAUCUACAGCGGUCACCAAUCACAGAGAGAAUGCAGAAUCCGGUGAACCUGUUGCUGGUUGCGGGUCUGUGCGUUGUCAUAAGCAUGGCAAUGCCCUGUUGGAGUGACCCCCUCCCAGCAAGCGCUGAGAUCGCUUCUCGCCCCACCAGACCUAAAGUGUUCACCUCUCCAGACCAGCUCAGGGACUAUCUGCAAGAACUGGGAAAUUAUUACGCCAUCGAGGGUCGACCCAGAUUUGGAAAGCGUUUGGACACACCGACGUACAGACCUAGCAACAAUAUUCUGGGACUCCCGGUCACAGCGGGACUGUCAUCUGCUGCUUCUCGCGGCAACUACUUCCGGUAUCCAACGCAAUCUGCCGUCAGGAACGAUCUCUUCCAGAUGCUGUUCCCCUAUGACGAGUAACAAAUCACACGGAUUAUGGCCUCUUGCAAAACCUCGCGUCGUUAAUCGUAUCAGUACAACCCCCCUUUAAUUCCUAACCUCACUUUCCAUGUGUUGGCAAAGACCUGCUUCUUGUAAUCCUUGAUCGCUAAUUAUUCUGAAAGAACCUAAAUAUGUCCAUGUAAAUUUUUGGACUAUAAAGGUAAAUGUAUAACUGUGCAAAACGAUUGUUAAAUUUCUAACCUCAAAUUGAAGAAUUUAUCCUUUCAUCACACCGAAAGCAUCGUUAAUUAUAAGCAAAUUAGACAAAAACAGAAAUGGGAAAUUAAUAUGAAAGACUUUUAGUAAAGACAAAAUUCUGAGUUCAGUCUCACAUAUCAAAGAAGCUUUAUUACUCUGCAGUAAAUUAAUUCAACGUAUCAUAAGUCACUCCAUUUCGUGAAAACAAAUUCAUAUUUAUAAAGUGAAAGCUCAUAAGUCUAACAGAAUUUUUAAUUGGUUUUACACUAUUAGACCAUCAUCAAGACUGUACGAUACAUAAAAUCAUGUAACUUAAAUGUCGUGUUAACACGAGUUGGAAGAAUUCAGAUAUUAUAAUUGGAUUUAAAGAUAAACUGUGUACACUGCA